GCUGUGUGUGCAUCGAUGGGGUAAAUAUUGUUGGGGUCAAAAUUAUCGGACGUCACUGGGGUCGAAAUACCUCGACGUCAUUGGGGUCAUUCUAUCAGGACAAAUCGAUGCCAUUUCUCUCAAGUAACAAAAGGUACAAAAUCUGGCAUUUGUUCCCGCUCAAAAUAUUGAGGUAGCCUCAUCGAAAUUUACUACACAACAGCAUUUCGACCUUUUCAGGAUCUUUGAAAAUGGCCUCACAUAAGCAGCCCAUCCGUGUCGGCAUCAUCGGGCUCUCUACCAGCGGUGGAUGGGCAGCGACCGCACAUCUACCGUAUCUCCAGACGACCACGAAGUACAAGGUCACCGCAAUUUGCAAUUCGUCUAUUCAGACUAGCCGCCAAGCCAUCCAACAGUACGGAUUCAAGUCUGCCAAGGCCUUUGAUUCCGUGCAGUCAAUGUGCGCAGCUGAUGACGUUGACCUUGUGGUGUGCGCCGUUGCAGUUUUCUCGCACUACAAGCUCAUCAAGCCCGCCAUUGAAGCAGGCAAGGACGUCUACGUAGAGUGGCCCCUUGGCGUCUCAACGGAUGAGGCCAAAGAGUUGGAGACACUGGCAGAAAAGAAAGGCGUGCGCACGAUCAUCGGAUUGCAGGGGCGCGUUUCGCAUAUCCAAGCAACUCUGCGGGACCUCAUCGACAGCGGCAAGAUCGGUACACCUCUUGUCACACAGAUAUCAGGAUCUGCGACCACGGGAGAGACGGGUACACAGAUUGUCCAGCGAUACAAAUACUUCAAAGAUCGUGUUGCGCAAGGUACAAAAGGACAGGUCAUGCUGACAAUCUACGUUGGCCAUACAUUUGACCCAAUCAGCCAGUUGUUCGGCGAACCAACAAGUGUCUCGAGCCAGCUCAAGACAACAUGGCCGUUUGUCAACAUUCUGGAUGGAGACCGGACAGUUGAAACAAAUGUGCCAAAGACUGCAGACGACUAUGCAAGCUUACAGGGUGUGAUGAGCUCAGGCCUAAAGUAUACGUAUAACUUCCGAGGUGGUGACGCGUUUGAAGAAGGAGAAGGACUUGUGUGGGAUGUUAUCGGGGACAAGGGCCAAAUCCGACUGACGGGCAGCUCGAUCAUGCUUAAUCUCGGGGCAGAGGAUUAUCAGGUCAGACUGAAGGACUACGCAACAGGUACAACUAAAGUUGUGGAGCUGCAGCCCAAUUUGGAUCUACCGCUCGCCGCGCAAAACAUUGGGCGUCUUUACGAAAGUUUUGCAGACGGUGGAGCGUAUCCAACUUUUUCAGACGCAGUGCAGAGACAUGAGUUUAUGGACGCCGUUUUUGCUUCAGCAGACAGUGGUGGGGAUGUCCAGGUAGUCAAGAGAUAAUGUAAUUCC